GCUGGAGACUGGAGAAUUCGCGCCUGCGCUGAGCCUUCCGGAGAAGGUGCUUCGCCCAGACCCCGCCCCCUUUGCCCGGGGACACGCGUCACCGGUUGCCAUGGAGACUUCGUUGUUUACCUCCCUCUUCCGUGAGAGGGGGCAACUCCAGUUGGGAUUAGGAGGCUCUCCUUAGUUGUUCUUCCUGGCGCGGAGGAUCUUACUUAAUCUAAAAGAAGUCUGCCUUUGGCCAAAUGGCCAAACUACUGCAACCUCCACCGAAGUUCCUGCCCUCGGAGUGGCACCUCGCUAACAAGAACCUGUACCACAAGGCAGAGGCAGAGAGGUCGCGGUCCGAACGCCUGGUGGCAGAAAGCGAGAGGCUUGUGGAUGAAAUCGACAAGUCCACGAGAAAGUCUCAAAGCGAUGUGAACAAGAAGCUAGAACAGAGACUUGAGGAAGUCAGAUUCUGGAAGAAGGAGUUAGAUGACAAACUUGAGCAGCUUGUGUAUGCAACCGAUGACCUACUCGCCUAUCAGACCAGACUGCAGAAAGCCCUGGAGAGCUUGAAGGAGCCCUUGCACAUCACCCAGAGAUGCCUGGAGUACAGGGAGCAGCGGGUGGGCAUCGACCUGGUGCAUGAUGAGGUGGAGGAGGAGCUGCUAAAGGAGCUCGAGAUCAUCCAGGGGGUGAUAGCCCUGCUGACCCGCACCCUGGAGGAGACCACGGAGCAGAUCAGGCUGAACCGCUCUGCCAAGUACUAUCUCGAAAAGGAUUUGAAAGACAAGUUUGUGGCCCUGACCAUCGAUGACAUCUGCUUCUCCCUCAACAACAACUCGCCAAACAUCAGAUACUCGGAGAAUGUCGUGAGGGUUGAGCCAAACUCUGUGAGCCUGGAAGACUGGCUGGACUUCUCCAACGCCAAUGUGGAGAAGGCUGACAAGCAGAGGAACAACUCCCUGAUGCUGAAGUCCCUGGUGGACCGCGUCCUGUCCCAGACGGCCAGUGACCUGCGCAAGCAAUGUGACGUGGUGGAUACGGCGCUGAAGAACGGGCUGAAGGAGACCAAGGAUGCCAGGGACAAGCUGGCCGAUCACUUGGCCAAGGUCAUGGAAGAGAUUGCUUCCCAGGAGAAAAAUAUCGCGUCUCUCGAAAAAGCCAUCCUGGACCAAGAAGGGCCUGCCAAGGUGGCUCAUACACGCCUGGGGACCAGGACAUGCCGGCCCAACGUGGAGCUGUGUCGCGAUAUGGCCCAGUACAGGCUGUUGAGGGAGGUUAAUGAGAUCACCCACAACACUGCAAGAUUGCAGGAGACGUUAGCCCAGGCCCAGAUGGAGCUGAAGGGGCUGAACCGCCGGCAGCUCGCCCUGCAGGAGGAGAUCCACGUCAAAGAGAACACCAUCUACAUCGACGAGGUGCUGUGCGUGCACAUGAGGAAGUCCAUCCCGCUGCGGGACGGGGAUGACCACGGGGAGUGGGCCGGGGGCCUCCGCCCCGAUGCUGUCUGCUAAAAGUAGGGACCGGAUGCUCAGAUGCUCAUUAAACCUUAUCACCCACAGCCGUACCGCCCCCUCCUUUCAGGUAGGCGGCACUUCCAGUCGGCCCAGCACUGCCUAGGCCAGGAUUCCGACCUGCUCGGAGCUGAGAUUGGGGUGCAAGGGUCUAUGCUGCUGGUGCUGCUGGGGUGGUGGCGGUUAACAGUUAAAUUCCGUGAUUCAGCACAGGCCCUUCUGAUACCACAGGCCGGGGGCCCAGGGAGAGAGGGGCCCAGCACACUGGGAAAGUCUCAGGAAGGCUCGCCUCCCCCAGGAAUCUGUCUUGGUCCUUCCCUGGGCCAUGGGUUCUGCUGACUGCAUCUGCGCUUACCCAGCGAGCUCACCUCGCACCGUCUUCCCCCGCUGCCACCCCUCUGGCCUGAUCUGGGGGUGCCAGAGUUGGGCUCACUAAGGUCAGAGCCGCCCUCCCACAGGGGACCAGGAUCGUAUCCGGGUAACGGUAAUGACAGGAGUCCUUGCAUCCUCCUGGUGACAGGUACAGGCAACCAAAGCCACAAAACCUACAAGCACUUACUAGGAACUCUGAGAUCGCAUUCUGAGCUCCCUGCCAUACAAAACACAGUAUCUAGUCACAAGUCAAGCUCAAUGAGGGGGACGGCCCCGUGGCGGGGAGGAAGGUCUGUCUACAUCCUGAAAGGUGAGAGGAACCCAGAGUGGGUGUGGGAGAGCAGGGGAUGUAUGAGCCUUUAAAGUGCACAGAGAAAGGGUGAGGCCCUGGGAACUCCAAUACUCCCAGGCUGAGUGCAAAGAGUCCCGCCUGCAGACCAAGAGGGAAGGAACACAAGGGUCCGGAGGGAGCCAGGAGAGCAUGGUGUCACAGAGGCCAACGCAGAAGAAUGUUUCAAGGCACUGGGGUCAGGGGGUUAAAUGCCCCAGAGCAGUGGUCGGCAAACUGCAGCUUGUGAGCCACUUGCGGCUUGAGAGCCACGUUUGCUGC